AUGUCAAAGGAGGAGGCCAAGGCGAUCCCUGUGAGGGUGGCUCUCAGGUGCCGCCCUCUUGUGCCCAAAGAAAUUGACGAGGGCUGCCAGAUGUGUUUGUCUUUUGUCCCUGGAGCACCUCAGGUCAUCUUGGGUAACGACAAACCUUUCACCUAUGACUACGUUUUUGACCCAUUUACUGAACAGGAGGAAGUAUUCAAUACUUGCAUUGCUCCCCUUGUCAAGGGCAUUUUUAAAGGGUACAAUGCUACAGUUCUGGCUUAUGGGCAGACAGGGUCCGGGAAGACCUAUUCUAUGGGAGGGGCCUACACUGCUGACCAAAAGAACGAUCCCACAGUUGGAGUCAUCCCCCGAGUGAUCAGGCUGCUCUUUCAAGAAAUGGAAGAGAGGAAGGAGUGGCAGUUUUCCCGGAAGGUCUCCUAUUUAGAGAUCUACAACGAAGACAUCUUGGACCUCUUGGCCCCAUCCAGAGAACGUUUAUCUCAAAUCAGCAUCCGUGAAGACCCCAAGGAAGGCAUAAAGAUUGUGGGAUUGACAGAACACACAGUGACUGGUGCUCAAGAGACCGUCGACUGCCUGGAGCAGGGGAACAGUUCCCGAACGGUGGCUGCCACAGCAAUGAACACCCAGUCGUCCCGCUCCCAUGCGAUCUUCACCAUUUCCAUUGAACAGAGAAGCAAGAAGGAGACGAAUCUCAGCUUCCACUCCAAGCUGCACCUUGUGGACUUGGCUGGUUCAGAAAGACAAAAGAAGACCAAAGCAGAAGGAGAUCGUCUAAGGGAAGGAAUCAACAUUAACAAAGGGCUCCUCUGCCUUGGGAACGUCAUCAGUGCUCUUGGGGAUGAAGCUAAGCGAGGCAACCACAUCCCUUAUAGGGACUCAAAGCUCACUCGCCUGUUGCAAGACUCCCUGGGAGGCAACAGCCACACCCUGAUGAUCGCCUGCGUGAGCCCGGCGGAUUCCAACAUGGAAGAGACUCUGAACACGCUUCGCUAUGCCGACAGGGCGAGGAAAAUCAAGAACAAACCCAUAGUGAACGUUGACCCCCAGGCAGCGGAGAUCAACCAUUUAAGGCUCCAGGUUCAGCAGCUCCAGGUCUUACUGCUGCAGGCUCAUGGUGGGACGGUUCCAGUGUCUAUUGGUGGGGAACCGUCGGAAAACUUGCAGUCCCUGAUGGAGAGAAACGAGGCCCUGGUGGUGGAGAAUGAGAAGCUGAGCCGGGGCUUGAGUGAGGCCGCCGGUCAGAUCGCCCAGAUGCUCGAGAGGAUAAUCAUGACGGAGCAGCAGAACGAGAAGGCCAACACCAAGCUGGAGGAGCUACGGCAGCAUGAGGCGUUGAAGCUGGAUCUGCAGAAGCUGCUCGAGACGCUGGAGGACGAUGAGCUGAAGCAGCAAGUGGAGUCCAUUCUCAGCCUGCAGCAAGCAAUUGCCCAGUUACAGAACGAAAGUCCUUCCUGUGAUGCCGAAAUGGACACGUCUGAACAGGAAUCCGGGGCUUCCACAGAAGCUAAUCUUGGCGAUCAGAGCUCCUCAGAGGAAUACGCCACCCGGCACGCUCUCCACCAGGCCCAGAUGUCCAAAGAGCUGCUUCAGCUCAACAAAGCCCUGGCUCUGAAGGAAGCCCUGGCGCGGAAGAUGACUCAGAACGACAGCCAGCUGGAGCCCAUCCAGUGCCAAUACCAGACUAAUAUCCAGGACUUGGAAGUGGAAGUUGCCAAGUUGCAGAAGGAGAAAGAAGACCUGGUUCUCUCGCUUCAUAUGACGAAGAAGGAUGUCAGUCAAGCCAAACUCAGCGAGCGCCGGAGGAAGCGUCUUCAGGAGCUGGAAGGGGAAAUGACGGACCUGAAGAAGAAACUGAAGGAGCAGUCGAAGCUUCUGAAGAUGAAAGAAACGAGUGAGCAGACUGUCUCCAAACUGAACCAGGAGAUCCGGGCGAUGAAAAACCAGCGUGUUCAGCUCAUACGUCAGAUGAAAGAAGAUGCAGAGAAAUUUAGGCAUUGGAAGCUGCAGAAAGACAAAGAAGUGAUCCAGCUGAAAGAGCGGGACCGCAAGAGGCAGUACGAACUUGUCAAACUGGAGCAAGACUUCCAGAAGCAAGCCAGCGUCCUCAGGCGAAAAGCAGAGGAGGCAGCUGCUGCCAACAAACGCUUGAAAGAUGCUCUUCAAAAGCAACGGGAAGUUGCUGAUAAGCGGAAAGAGAACAUGAACCGCGGAAUUGAAGGAAUUGCUAACCGUGUGAAGAGCUGGCUCACGAACGAAGUCGAGGUCCUGGUUCGUACGGAAGAGGCUCGGCACCACCUCAAUGACCUUCUGGAGGACAGGAAAACCCUCGCCCGGGAGAUCACACAGCUUAAAGAGAAGCGGGACGCUGGGGAGAACCUUCCCUCGAAAUACAAGAGGCGCACAUUCUCCAGCAACACCCUGGAAAUCAACCAUUCCAUCACAAAGCAGAUCGAGAGCCUGGAAACGGAGAUGGAGCUCAGGAGUGCCCAGAUCGCGGACCUGCAGCAAAAGCUGCUGGAGGCGGAGAGUGGAGACCACAAGAAGCGGCGCUGGGAAAGCAUCGCAACCAUUCCGGAAGCCAAGUGCGCCAUCAAGCAUCUGAUCGGGGAACUGGUCUCCUCCAAAGUGGAGGACGGGAAACUGGAGAGCCGCCUUCAGCAGAGCAAAGCCACCUUUUCUGACAUCCACAAAAUGCUCCUUGAAGAGCGUAAGGUCACCGCCGAAAUGAAAGCGGCACACGAGAGCCAGAUGGACCUGAUGGAGCAGCAGCACCAAGAGAAGGUUCUGUAUUUGCUCAGUCAGAUACAGCACAAAGAAGCAGAGACGAAGCUGGAGACCUCGGUUUCAGAGCGGGAGCAGCAACUGCUGGAACGCCUCAACUUCCAGGAUGAGGAGCUGGCGAAAAUGAAGGAGGUCUUCGAGAAGAACCAGGAGCUCUGCGACGAGCUUGAAGCUGUCAAACAGAAACUGAGGAUUCUUCAAGCAGCCAGUAGCCAACGCAUCUGUGAUGUUCCGCCAACAGUUGCAGACACCCCCGAAUCUCCUUUUGAUUACAUUCCACCCAAGCCCAAGCCUCGCAGGCAAACUACCGCCAGGCCUGUCUCCGAGCUGGCACCGGAAGAGCCGUCCGAGUCAGAAGAGUCGGGAGGAGAAACGGAAGACGCCGAGUGGGUGCCAGCGAAAAUAGCCAGAGGAAUCAAGAAGAACUUCUUGGGGUGCAACUGCAAAGGCCGCUGCAGCAACCGGCUUUGCGGCUGCCGGAAGCAGAAGGUCGAAUGUUCAGAGGACUGCCGCUGCGAAUCGGAGAAGUGCCGCAAUCGGGCCAACGGCGUCUUGGAGGGGAUGCUCAUGGAAGAGUCCUCAGGAGAGCCCUUCGACACCACCUUGAACCGGGAAGACUCCACUUUGGUGUCGGCAGGAGACACUUUCUUUGAUCCUCCGUCGGUCAGUCCCACCAAAAAGGUUUUGAAGCCAGUCAACAUCCAAGAGGCCCUGGCCUCAGAGCAGCACGACACAAGCUCCUGCUUCCAUUUGGGGAACCUGGACACCGAGAACCAGCUGCCGGCAGGGAAGAAAAGGAGGAAGCGGCUCCUGAGUAGCGCCAGCAGCUUCUUUGCUGGCUGCACCCCCAUCAAAGAGGAUUUUGUAGAGGGCUAG